ACGUAGACAGAGCAAGACAGCGCCAUGAAGAGGAGAAUUCUACUUUUCGCAGUCUCACUGAUCGCUGCCGGAUUGGCAGGGUUAACAGUCCACGCUCAGGUGGAAGGGGAACAGAGCCACUCCACAUCCGUGGCGGGAAUGGUGAAGCUGCUCGAGGUGGAGGCACAGCUCAUUGAUGCCCUGAAGGACUAUGCGGCGGAACUGGACAAGAAGCUGCAGGCAGUGCGCAGUGGCAUAGCCAGCAUGCGGCGGGAGAGCAAAGGGGCCCAGGACUCUAUGGAGGAGUACCUCUCGAAUCCGCUGAACUCCUUCAGGCUCAUCCGCCGCAUGCACCGCGACUGGACGCUGUGGCAAAUGUUCAUGGACGAUCCGGUGGGUCUGCCGCAGGUGGAUCGUGUCCAGGAGCUGCGCGAUCAGAUGCCCACCAGCACGGACCUCGAGGAGGCCGUCACCGCCGUGGACCGCAUUCAGAGCACCUACGGACUGGAGGUGGCGGACAUCAGCCACGGAAUCCUCGAUGGCAGGCAGUACAAUGUCAGCCUCAAUGCCCUGGACACCUAUGCCAUGGGACAGAUCCUCUUUGACGAGGGAAAGUACGCGACAGCUGCUGGCUGGCUCUACCAGACUCUGGUGUGGCUGGAGGACAACAACAACAGCCUGCCUGGCCCCGAGGCGCUUUCCAAAGGGGAGGUGCAGGCAGUGUAUGCCGAGACGCUCCUGAAACUGGAGAGGCACGCGGAUGCGCUGAAAGUUGUCAACAUUGCACUGGGGGGCGAUAAGAGGAACGACAUUAAAAUGUUGCUGAAGAAAUCGGAAAUAGAAACGCUGAUAAGGAUGGGCCCCGACUCCGUACUCACGGCACCCACGCUGAAGAGCCCCGCACCGCCAGUGGGCGCGUAUGAGCGUGGGUGUCGCGGCCUGUUCCCCUCCCCGUCCACGGAUGCCAGGCUCCACUGUGUGUACAACUCCAGCAACUCGGAUUUCCUGCGCCUGGCACCGCUCAAGAUGGAGCUGGUGGGCCUCGACCCGUACAUGGUGCUCUACCACGACGUGAUCUCUGCCUCGGAGAUCAGCCAACUCCAGGAGAUGGCCGUGCCAGGGCUAAAGCGAGCGACGGUCUACAGGACGAACGCCGCCCGGAGUGUGGUGGUCAAGACGAGGACAUCGAAAGUCACGUGGUUCCUGGAUACAUUCAACGAGCUGACCAUUCGCCUCAACAGACGCAUCGCCGACAUGACCAACUUCCAGCUGGUGGGCUCCGAGAUGCUUCAGGUCAUGAACUAUGGCCUUGGAGGCCACUACGACAAGCACUAUGACUUCUUCAAUGCGAGCACAGCCACAAAUAUGACUCACAUGAACGGCGAUCGCAUUGCCACCGUCCUCUUUUAUCUGACGAAUGUGGAGCAGGGCGGUGCGACAGUCUUCCCCAACAUCCAGAGGGCCGUCUUCCCUCAGCGGGGAUCGGCCAUCAUCUGGUACAACCUGAAGGACGAUGGCGAGACCGAUCCGCAGACUCUACACGCCGCCUGUCCCGUUCUCGUGGGCUCCAAAUGGGUGUGCAACAAGUGGAUUCGGGAGCGUGCACAGCUCUUCAGACGGCCCUGCCUCAAGAGGGGAAAGUGAAAGUGAUUCCAAUGCUCAUUUAAAUGGAAAUUGGAAAUUUAAAAUAGUUUAACAAUGAAUUUACCUCAUUCCGGAAUGGAACUAAAUAAAGCCACCACUCUACACUCU